AUGCCCAUCGAUCACCUGUAUUACCCGCACAUCGUUGACCUGAUUUGGUUCCACUUGCAACGCGACGCACUCCGCGCUGUGCGCCUGGUUAGCAAGGCCUGGAAUGCACGAGCCGACCUCGCUCUGUCCCAGCACAUCGUCAUUAAACGCAAAGAUGCUUCAAACUUCGACGCCUGGAUUCGCUGCCUGAACCAUCCUGGAGAAGUGAUUGACAUCACCCAGGACGCGCGAAUCUGCUUGAACAGCGGCGGGGAAUCUGCCGCUGCACACUCUGAAAAUUGCAUGUUUUGCAAGCGUGUUCCAAGCCGCACUGGUGUUGUCGACCUCGAGGGAUACACGAUGGAGACCAUGCUGGAGGAGCUCGGUUGGCUGGAGUGUGCCUCGUUGAACUUUCGGUGGAAGAUCGACGUUUACCGCAGUCGCGACCCUUACAAUCUCGUGGGACUGCCUGAGUCUUUCGCGUCGGCAGUGUUCUACAUUGACCUGGACGACGAGGACAAGGACGAGAUCACUUUCGACAUGUACGAUGGUGACAGCACGCUGGUGUUCAACAUCGAUUGUUAUGUCGAUCCCACUUCCACCUCAGCUAACAGGCCCUUCGGCGUGGAGUUCUGCAGGAACUCUCCUUGGGGAGGCAUGCUGCGCUUCAUCUUCUUCGACAAACGCACUGCAAACCAGCCCGUGAAGGUCUCACGCAAUGCAUCGUUCAUUGCCGGUCUGCUGGACUAUCACCAUAUGAUGUUGGUUUCGGUUCAGUUCGUCGGCCUGGAGCGUUUGAUUACGGACCCCAACAAGCUCAAGGCCUUCAAGGGUAUGGUCACGAGGGACUUCGUCGAUCGCCGAGCCAAGAGAGAUGCGAACCUCAAGCCUCGCGAUUACUACAAGAAGGAGUGCAGGUCGGACAUGAAGCGCGUCGAAUACCUCACCAUGGAAGAGUAUCAGAAGAAGGUGGGACGGCGUCAGUUCCUGAUUGACACUGUUAAGUAG